UUAUAACCCCGCGGGAAAAGUCUUCCGAGUCCAAUGGCGCCGGAAGAAGACGACGAUCGCUUCAUCAUCAGCUCUCUAGGGUUAGGGUUAGGGUUAGGGUUGGGGUUUCUCUUUCUAACCCAAUCCCAAACCCUAAAACCCAUCUCAACAGUGAUCAAGCUUGCCGACACCUCUCUCAAAAUCCCCAAAGCCCUCACGAUUUUCCACUCCCCUUCAUCCCCUCAAACCCUAAUCACCGCCUCCAAAGUCCUUAUCAAAGGAUUCAAAGCCUCAAGCCGCCUUGUUCCCGCCAAAACCCAGCACAGAAUCACUCCGAUCCUGUCCGCGAGGCUGAAGGCUUAUAUUGGGGCUGUCAAUUUGAUCAGAUGCAAGGACUUUUUAGAGCUGGGGUUUUUUCGAGGUGGGUACAAGAUAUCGAAGAAUUUUGUUAGGGUUGUAGAGGGGUUUGUUGGGCUUCAGCUGGAUUCUGCUGUGAAGAAGGGGAUGGACGCUUUGGGGUUGUAUCUUAAGGCCUCGGCCGUGGCGAGAGAGGUUUCGAGGUUGAGGAAGAGGAGGAGCGGGUUAGGGUUUGGGAGGAGAGCUCGUCGGAGGGUUGGUAUCUUUUAUCAGCCCAAAAGAUUAAAUUUUGAUGGUGUUUGCAGCUUGAAGCGCUCACGUUUUCGGGAAAGAGGUACUAUUGUGGCAAAGGAUUUAGAGAUGAUCUCCACGAACAACCACCUACCGCCCAAACUCUCAACACCCUGGCCCCCCAGGUUUUCCCAUUUUAUUAACAGCAUAUUCUCAAAUAAAAUUUUUGGGUAGAGCAUCAAUAACAGUUGGAGGACUCUUAAUCAAUCUCCAUCAGUUAUAUUUGCAUGUAACCAGCUGUUGUUGAUUAGCCAUUUGAUGCUUGAUUAAUAGUUGCGUGUCUUCAGGUAAGCAUCACCUUUGUUCAUCUUUUCAUCACUUUCUGACAAUAUAUCUAUAGCAAUAUUCUUAUAAUUUAAUGUGUGAUCUUGGAAUGACUUGAACCAUGCAAUCAUGUGUGAACUGUAUCUUCUCAUGAACUUCAUACUUCUUAAUGCUUCAGCAAUUGUCGUUAGAGGGUCCUAAGUGUCAGAUUUUCAUCACCUUCAAUAGUUAUUUCCCAAAACUCCCUUGCAAUUCUUGACUGCUCAUGGAAUUUAGAAUUACAAUCAAUCAGUCGUGUUAUAUUAAGGGCUUACUCCUGCUACCGUUAGUCAUGACCUUCAAUAUUAAACUUAGUGGCAUCCAUCUAUGGUAAUUCCUAAGUGAUAUUUCGCACCAGUUGCAUUAUUUUAGCCAGCAAGGGAUUCAUCUUUGAUGGUAGCAGCACUCAUUCUUGUACAACCUAUGUAUCACAGGACUUCUGUUAUGAAGCUGUGUCCUAUCUGAAGACAUCAUGUUUAUUUUUUAAUUUUUUUAGGCUUUAUUGUAUACUGUUGUGUCCACUUUGAUGUAGCUGUGUCGCUGCAUGCUAGUCUAUAACAGUUUUGUCUAUAUAUAUAGCGUGAUUUAUAUUAAAUUGGCUAAUUAGCUUUAGAAGAAAUGUCAAACUCAGUUUUCUAGUAGAUGGAUGCAUACGUCACAUGUAGUUACUUGAUUUUCAAAACAGGGAAAGACAUAAAAUGAUUGCUUAAGCAAGAUUAGGUUCCAUUCAACAUGCAGUUGAUUAAUAGGAAAAGUUUGCAAGUCAGGAUUAUAGGGAAAUGUUCCCUCCUUUCUGAGAGAUUUUGGGUUUUAACUUCCCUUGAGAUCUUCUUUUAGUUUUUCCCCCCGAGUGAAGGUUCUCUCAUGGAUGCAUGAGG